UCGGUAUUUUUUGGAAAAGUUGAAACAGAAUACAGCGGCACUGAGUUGUCUUCUUUACCUAAUUUCAGUUUCUUUCUCAUCUUCUUCUUCAACAGUCAGUCACUAGCAACAAUCUGCAUUUUUUUUUUCGAAAGAAAAAAUCAUAGAUUAUUAUUAUGAAGGAAGACGAGAAGGUAGGGUUACAAAGAGGCGGUGGUGGUGGUCAGGAUAGUAGUGGUGGUGGUGGUGGCGAAACCCUAGAAGUUAAAGAUGAGAUGAACCACAACAACAACAACGGAAUCAUCAGAACUAGAAGUACCAGUAGUGUGGUGAGAAAGUCGAGAGUGAAAGGAACAUGGUCACCUGAAGAAGACGAAUUGCUGACACAACUAGUCGCUAAACUCGGUGCAAGGAAUUGGAAUCUCAUUUCUGCCGGAAUCCCAGGUCGCUCUGGUAAAUCCUGCAGGCUCCGGUGGUGUAAUCAGCUUGAUCCUUACCUCAAACGAAAACCAUUUACUGAGAAAGAGGACGAAUUAAUCAUUGAUGCACAUGCUGUUCAUGGAAACAGAUGGGCAGCAAUUGCAAGGUUGUUACCAGGGAGAACAGACAAUGCUAUCAAGAAUCAUUGGAAUUCCACGCUUAGACGGAGGUGUCUUGAAUUCGAUCCCCCCAAAGGCACUAAGGCCGCUGCUGUUCUUGCUGCUGUUGCUGCUUCGCUUGAAAUGAUGGGAGGCAAUCCCAUGAACCUUGAUAAAACUAAGGUAUUGUCGGAAACAACUUUAUCAUGUCAACCUGAUGUGUAUCGCGAAGCUGAUGUCAACAUGGGAGACAAUGCUGUGAACCUUGAUAAAACUAAGGUAUUGUCGGAAACAACUUUAUCAUGUGAACCUGAUGUGAAUCGCCAACCCGAUGUCAACAUGGGAGACAAUGCCAUGAACCUUGAUAAAACUAAGGUAUUGUUGGAAUCAACUGAACCGGACAUGAAUUGUGAACCUGUUGCGAAAAGAAAUGAUGUUGUUGACUCACUUGAGAAUCAAUCAAACCAACAUCAGGAUAGGGAAGAGAACCACAGGGUGGAGUAUCAUUGCAGGAAUGAACCAAAGGAAAAACUGACGCUUUUCCGUCCAGCACCUCGUGUGAGUGCAUUUAACCUCUAUAAUGAGCAGUCCAUGGGUGGCUGUGUGUUGCCAACAAUGGUCCCAAUGCUGCAUGGACCUCUGCUUCAACCUUGUAAACCACCUGUUGUUGGGCAAUGUGGGCUGCUUGGGGGUAUUCGGCGAGUGCCUUCUCAUUGUGGGCAUGGUUGUUGCACUGGUUCUCGAAGCGUUGGGUAUGAUGGGCGGAGUUCUUUGUUGGGACCAGAGUUUGUUGAGUUUGUGGAGCCCCCACCUUUUUCGGGUCAUGAAUUGGUGUCCAUAGCAACAGAGUUGAGUAAUGUUGCUUGGCUUAAGAGUGGGUUAGGCUUUGGGUUUGACCAUAGGGGAAUAGUGAAAGAUAAUGCAGAGCAGCAGGUGAUUUAUCAUUGAGAAUCAGCAACAGGAGACUCACCGCAUCGGAGGAUGGCAUGUUUUUAGAGCUGCAGCAGUAUGAACAACAGUUGAAACUCAUUUCAAGAUGCACAAUAACAGGGACGUAGAAACAGAAUUUGUACAGGAUUUCCUUUCUUUUGUUUCUUUUAUCUCUUCUUGUAUCUAUGUUUGCUGGGUAGUAUAGUGGUAUAUGAUUAGCAAUCUAUGUUUAGAGUUCGAAGUAGAAAUGAUAUAUAAAAUAACACCAGAUCCAUUUGGUUCAUGAUCUAUGAACAGUUCUAGCUGGGCUUAAGCUUUUCUUUCAA